GGACGUAGCAGGGCUCCGGGCUAGGCGGUCCCGACGCCGAGGGCGGUCCCUGCGAGGCGGGCGGGCCCCGACCGGCGCUCUGUGUGGCCGCGGCCAUGAAGCCCCGGCCGCCCGGCUAGGUCCCGGGCGGCUCUAGCCCAGGGCGGCCCGCGGGGGGCUGGGCCCGGGCCCGCGGCUCCUCCGCUUCCCUGGCCGUGGGCGGCCGCUCACCAUGCCCGGCAAGCACCAGCACUUCCAGGAACCCGAGGUCGGCUGUUGCGGGAAAUACUUCCUGUUUGGCUUCAACAUUGUCUUCUGGGUGCUGGGAGCCCUGUUCCUGGCCAUCGGCCUCUGGGCCUGGGGCGAGAAGGGCGUUCUCUCCAACAUCUCGGCGCUGACGGACCUGGGAGGCCUUGACCCUGUGUGGCUGUUUGUGGUAGUCGGAGGUGUCAUGUCAGUGCUGGGCUUCGCCGGCUGCAUCGGGGCCCUCCGGGAGAACACCUUCCUGCUCAAGUUUUUUUCUGUGUUCCUUGGCCUCAUCUUCUUCCUGGAGCUGGCAGCAGGGAUCCUGGCCUUUGUCUUCAAGGACUGGAUUCGAGACCAGCUCAACCUCUUCAUCAACAACAACGUCAAGGCCUACCGGGACGACAUUGACCUCCAGAACCUCAUCGACUUUGCUCAGGAAUACUGGUCCUGCUGCGGAGCCCGAGGACCCAACGACUGGAACCUCAAUAUCUAUUUCAACUGCACUGACUUGAACCCCAGCCGGGAGCGCUGCGGGGUGCCCUUCUCCUGCUGCGUCAGGGACCCCGCGGAGGAUGUCGUCAACACCCAGUGUGGCUACGACGUCCGGCUCAAACUGGAGCUGGAGCAGCAGGGCUUCAUCCACACCAAAGGCUGCGUGGGCCAGUUCGAGAAGUGGCUGCAGGACAACCUGAUCGUCGUGGCCGGGGUCUUCGUGGGCAUCGCCCUCCUCCAGAUCUUUGGCAUCUGCCUGGCCCAGAACCUUGUGAGUGACAUCAAGGCGGUGAAGGCCAACUGCCUGGGUCGCUUGCACAUUGGAGCCAACCUUUAAAAUCGGCGUAUUUCACAUAAAGGUCCACAUCCACGGCUUCUCUUGGCCAACGGCCGUCUGGCUGCACGGGCGCUUUGGUGGCAACGCUACCCAGGACUCAAGCUUCCCCGGUCGGUCGAUGGGGGCCCCUGGAGGCUGGUGGAGUCGGGCCCCCCCACUUUGGGGGUUGUUCCCUGCACACACAACAAGAGGCACAGGGACAUGAAGGAUGGAUGGGGAGGCUGAACCCCACCCUGAAGAGGGGGAAGCCUGGAAUGGGUCCAGCCCUUCUGGGGACGGAGGUGGGUGCCAGGGCACCCAGGAGAAUGGCCGGGGGGGUGGGCUGUGGGGGAGCCUGCGUGUGGUGGGGGCUGUGGACGGCCGACUCCUGGGACUCAAGCUCCAGAGCUGCCCGCAGCCGCAGAGCCGCCCGGCGGCCACCAGAGGGCGCGCCCGCCCCUCCCGCCGCAGCCCGCCCUGCAGGGCCCUGCCCGCCCUGCGCACUGGCGCUGGGGUUGGGGAUUGGGAAAUUCCUCGAGAGCGACUUCAGCUCUGCCUCUCAACAGCUGCAGGAGGGGGUGUGUGUGCGGGGUGACCCGGCGCCCCUGGCUGGGCUGUGCAGAGGUCUGCAGCGCGGGUGCCCAGGCCCAGGUGUGCGCGUGGGGCAGGGGGCCUUGGAGUGGUGGCCGCUUGUCUGCCACCUUCCUGCUGUUGCUGGGGAGAGGAGCAGCGUCUGCACAAGCUGGCGGAGUAUGGCCACUCGCCGUGAGAGCUGGGUGUGGGGGCAGCCAAGCACAGAUCCCACCUGAAGGUGGCGGCUGCCGCGGUCCGUGGUAGCUCGUUGCUGUGAGGUUGGAACACAGGUCUGAUGUCAGCAAUCUGGAGAAGCCAGGAAGACAGAUUUCCAUGUGAAAUAUUCCGAUUUUUAAGUUGUUGGCAACUGACUCUGUAAACCAAAGGGUGUAGGGUCUGGCUUUGGCCCCUGUGCCCCGAUAGCCCCCUCUGGGACAGCCACCCGUGGCGGGGGCCCUGGCUGCUCUGCAUUCAGGGUUCCAGGUGCUGUCCCCGCUGGGCAGGUGUGGGGCCUUUCUUUCCCUGUGCCCUGGCUCCCGGCAUCAGCUGCACAGUGUCCUGGGGCCUCUGGCAGGCACUGGUUGCGGGUGGUUUACACGUGGCGACAAUAAAUUCAGCUCACAAUGUUGUG